GUCCACUUCGAUAUAGCAGCUACUUGGGUUACCAGCGUGAAACCAUGCUCUGAAAAUUCACCACAGAAAAACAUGGCAGCUAUCAAGGCGUUGAAUCCAAAAGCUGAAAUUGCGAGAGCAGCCCAAGCCCUCGCAAUUAACACCAGCGCCGCUAAAGGACUUCAAGAUGUAUUACGGACAAAUCUUGGACCGAAAGGCACCAUCAAAAUGUUGGUGUCUGGAAGUGGAGAAAUCAAACUAACCAAAGACGGUAAUGUUCUCCUUCAUGAAAUGCAAAUCCAACAUCCUACGGCGUCCAUGAUCGCUAAAGUGGCCACCGCCCAAGAUGACAUCACAGGCGAUGGGACAACAUCAAACGUGCUCAUCAUUGGAGAACUCCUCAAACAAGCGGACCUCUACAUAUCAGAGGGCCUUCAUCCCCGCAUCGUCACAGAAGGGUUUGAACUCGCCAAGGCCAAGGCCCUUGAGAUCCUGGAAGAGGUAAAAGUGUCUCAAGAGAUGGACAGAGAGCUUCUCAUCAGUGUCGCUCGCACCUCUCUACGUACCAAAGUCCACUCUGAAAUGGCAGAUUUAUUGACAGAGGCCAUCGUUGAUGCCGUCCUAGCCAUCCGUCAGCCCAACGAGCAGAUUGAUCUGCACAUGGUAGAGAUCAUGCAGAUGCAACACAAGACCGACCUGGACACCAAGCUGGUCCGAGGGCUGGUCAUGGACCACGGAGCCCGCCACCCUGACAUGAAGAAGCGCGUCACUGAUGCCUACAUCCUGACCUGUAACGUAUCCAUGGAAUACGAGAAGAGUGAGGUCAAUGCAGGAUUCUUCUACAAGUCUGCCGAGGAUCGGGAGAAACUUGUGCAGGCCGAGCGCGCCUUCACAGACGAGAAGGUCAAGAGGGUCAUUGAACUCAAGAGAAAGGUCUGCGAGGGCAACGAGAAAGGGUUCAUCGUCAUCAACCAAAAGGGCAUUGAUCCCCUGUCACUGGACAUGCUGGCCAAGGAGGGAAUCGUUGCUCUACGAAGAGCUAAGAGAAGAAACAUGGAAAGAUUGAGUCUUGCUUGUGGUGGUAUAGCAAUGAACUCUGUGGAUGAUCUGGCACCUGAAAACCUUGGAUACGCUGGACUUGUCUACGAGCAUGUCCUGGGAGAGGAGAAGUUCACGUUUGUUGAGGAGUGCGCCAAUCCACGCUCUGUCACCAUCUUGAUCAAGGGACCCAACAAGCAUACACUAUCCCAGAUUAAAGAUGCCAUCCACGAUGGUCUACGUGCAGUCAAGAACGCCAUUGAUGAUUCUGCCGUGGUCCCAGGAGCAGGCGCCCUCGAGAUCGCCAUCCACACAGGCCUGAUGAAAUACAAGGAUACAGUCAAGGGGCGAGCUCGCCUUGGUGUCCAGGCCUUUGCUGAUGCCCUUCUCAUCAUUCCCAAAGUGCUGGCCCAGAACUCUGGCCUGGACCCCCAGGAGACCAUCGUCAAGCUACAGGAAGAGUUUGCCGAAAGCAAGCAGCUUGUUGGUGUGGAUAUAUCAACCGGUGAAGCUAUCGUAGCGGCUGAUGCAGGGAUUUGGGACAACUACUGUGUCAAGAAACAGAUACUCCAUUCGUGCACCGUGAUUGCGGGUAAUCUUCUUCUAGUCGAUGAAAUCAUGAGAGCCGGUCUGUCUUCACUCAAAGGAUCCUGAUUGUUGUAGAUCUCUAGGGUAGAUAAUAGUCUCAACUGAUAAACGAGAUGGCAAUCCUGUCAAACUUAAAAAAAAACAAGUGAAAAACAGGAAAAAAAUAUCUUCUCAACUUUGGCAGUAUUUAAAGAUUAAAUGUGACUUGUACUUCAGUAUGUAAUAACCCGGCCUUGACUUGUUGGGACGCAAAUGCUCAUCUUAAAGAAGCUCUCGUUCAAACCUUUUAGUUUGUCCCAUGACAUGAUUGGAUACCAUUUAUUGACUUGUACUCAGAACCAAGUUCUGAAUGUCUACAGUUUUAUAGGAUGGGGCAUCACGUAGUUUAAUUCUGUACUGUUAAUUUCUAGAGCAGUUCUUAUUAGUUAAGAACUUUAUCCACUGAAGUAAUUAGGUUAAGGGAGCGUCUCAAAAAUCAGGCAUUUGCUAGGUACAAAGGAAUGUUUCUGUGGGUUCCUGUCUGCAAUGGACUGGACUGUUGGGACAUUCCACUACUAGACCGCAUCAUUGUGGGAGUAGUCCUACUUGAGUGAAUUUGUUCAUUAUUAUUUUGAACGUGUCACUGGUCCAAUUAUUAGACUUUUGAGACGCUCCCUACACACAAGGCAAAUCAAACACCUUUAAACAAAAUUUAUUUAGUACAAUGGAGUUAAAUACUCUCACUAAAAACCAAAGGAGAUGUUUUGGGGCACGUUAUGCCCAGUUCAUACUUCCUGCAAAAGCUUCAGGCAAAGUAAAUUUGAUGUCACAGCUCUGUUGCCACUGCGAAUAUUUUGCAGGAGUAGAGCGCAGCUCAAUUGUUGUAAAUUGUUCGUUGCGAACUUGUGAUGUUCAAAUUCGCUUUGCAUUUGCAUCCACAGGAAGUAUGAACCAAGCUUAAGUUGGCUGCAGAAUUGUUCUCAGAAAUGUACGCAUGCUAAGAACUACGUACCUGGUAUGUCUGCUGCCCUCUUGUGUCUUGAAGUUGCCCAUCGACACGCACGGCCAUGAAAUAAUCUAACGAUAAUUUCCCCAGAGGCUUCGUUAGCGGUAAAAAGUGCAGGAAAUAUUUGGAGGUCACAGUGUUAAGAGACGCCCUCAAUGUGAAUGUAGCAGUAGCAUAAUGUGGUGUUCGGUCCAGCAAAUUCAUUUUUUAAGAAAGUGCACUAUUUUCAUUUUUUUGUAUUUUUUGCUACAAAUUCUUGUGAAGUUGAUGGUCCAUUGAAAAUUAAUGGAUUCUUGUGCAGGAGAAUUUUUUUCAUGAUUCAAAUCUGAGAGUUGAUUUGUGUUAUUGUUACUUCUCCUGAAUUCAUCAGGGAAGGAUCGGUUUAGCUGUUGUAUGCCAGGCCUUACAUCUCCCAUCCUUUGUCCACCCGCUAUAGACCUUUAUGCACAUAACGUCUUGGCUAGGGGCCAAACGAAGGAAGCUCAUUGGUCCAUCUCUUGUGCGCAAAAGAUUGCGCUUGUCCAUAAAUGUUACCAUUGUUUUCAUCUUUAGUAUGUCACCUUGAUGAUGUCAGUUUCUAAUAUGCUGAAAUGAGCCUGGUUUAAGCAGUCUUUUGUUCAGUUAAAAAAACAGAAAGAUUUUGCUCAAAUAAUGAGUCUUGUGGUUUGAGCCUCCUGUGAAACGUGCCUGACAAUUUUAGAAUAAUGUCACCAACAAUUGUUGAACCAUCUUAUAUCGCCAACUACUGGUGCACUGUUUUAAAAUUGUCUGCAACUAUACAUUUGCCAAUUUACAUAAACCAACUUGUCUUUCCAUAUGUCGGACAUGUUGUUUAUGGUUAAUGUGCAGCUGUGUAGGAAUAGUGACGCAUGAAACUCUCUGAAUUCUGAAUAUAAAUGAAAAAUCUCCCUCCCCCCCCCAUGAUUUGCAAUUCAUGUUGUAUGUGUUUGUCUGGCUGAUUUAAGCAUGAAUAAAAACUUACAAAUGUGUGAACAAAU